AGUCAAUUUGUUUGCUCUUCUUGUUUACUUAAUUUCCCAGAAGAACCUACUUAUAAGGAUCACUACAAAACCGAUUUUCACAGAUACAACAUCGCUAGAAAAAUGAUUAACUUGGCCCCAGUCUCAUAUGAAGCUUAUAAAGAAAAAUUUGAUAAAAUCUCAGAGUAGAAGAUCAUAACUCCUAUUCAAUCUUAAACUUUUAAAUGUUGUAAUAAAGAAUUCAAAUCAAGUAAAACAUAUUAAGCACAUCUGGUUUCUAAAAGCCAUUAAUAAAAUUAAUUAAAAUCUCCUAUCACAACCAAUAGAAGUUAAACAGGAAAUUCCUUAUUAAAUAGUAAUGUAUGCUUAUUUUGUGAUGAAUUAUGCGAUGAUCUUGAAGAGUGUUUAAAACAUAUGAAUAAUCAUGGAUUUUUAAUUCGUGAAUAAAAGCACUGCAUAAAUGUUGAGGGAUUGCUAAAAGCAUUAUCAGAACAAAUAAAUAAAAAAUAACACUUUCAUGCUGCGAAAGAUCAUAUGUUAGACAAAGGACAUUGUUUUAUGCCUCAAUAGGAAUAUAAGCUCUUAUCAAAAUAUUACAAUUUUGAAGAAAAACUAUUAGGAAUAUUGGCAGAGCAAAAGGAAUAACAAUUAUAAAUUGAAGCAAAAAAACAACAAUUGCAAUUGAAAUAAGAGUAAAAAGAGGAUGAAAAAGAUAAAAAAAUUGAAAAUUAACCUGAAGAUGAGGGAGAGUGGGAAGAUGAUGAAGAUGAAGAUAUUGAUAUUGAUUCUGAUGAUGAAGAAGAGGAUUUGAAAUAAAAAUAAAAAGAUGAUUUAUAAACUGAUGAAGAAUUAAGAUAAAAGAGAUUAAAAUAAUUACUAAAAUAAAUUAGUAAACACAAAGCUACGUUAACAAAAACUGGGGAAUUAUUGUUACCAGAUGGAAAAUUAUUGGGCCACAGAGAUUAUAGAAAGUAUUAUAAAUAGAAUCAUAUUCCUUUUAAAGUUUCAGAAACUGAAAAAGUAGAGGAAUUGGACAUUGCUGAUGAGAAAUAAUUAGCAUUAUUAAGUGAUGAACUUAUUGUCGGCCAUUUGAGACAUUUUUAUUAUCAAAAGACUAGAACUUUGGCACAUGGGCAAACAAAAAUCGGAUAAAGAAACAACUUAAUUUAAAUGAGAUGGUUAAGAAAAUCUUGUUGA